CUGUUUUUAUUGUUAUGGUUUUUCUAAAGCUUAUGCUAUCGCGUACCUAUUCAAUACAUUGUGUAUAUUAAUGGCUUUGUAACUAUUGAAUUAUGUCACUGCCGCUCAUUACGGACUAUGAUAUACUGGAGAAGCUUGGCGUGGGCAGUUAUGCAUCUGUCUACAAGGCGCGCCAUAAAAAACAACGCACGUAUCAUGCUAUUAAAUACGUGGAAAUGUCAACACUAUCUCAAAGCUCGCGAGAUAAUCUAAUAACGGAAAUACGCCUGCUUCGCGAUCUUAAUCAUAAAUAUAUUGUAACACUGCAGGAUUUCUUUUGGGAUGAUAAAAACAUCUACAUUGUCUUGGAGUAUUGCAAUGCGGGCAACUUAUCUGCUUUUAUACGAACGAAAAAAGCAUUGCCAGAGGCGACAUGCCGUUAUUUUCUGAGGCAGUUGGCAGCGGCCGUGCAAUAUAUGCGCGCCAAUGAUGUGUCACAUUUCGAUUUGAAACCACAAAAUCUUUUGCUGACUCGAGGCGCUAAUAGUGUCUCGUUAAAAGUGGCGGAUUUCGGAUUUGCACAGCAUUUGAAAUUGGGCGAAAUAAAUCAACAGCUGAAAGGUUCGCCUCUUUAUAUGGCACCGGAGAUAGUACGCAAGCAUCAGUAUGACGCAAAGGCUGAUCUUUGGAGCGUUGGUGUUAUUUUAUAUGAGUGCCUGUUUGGCAAGGCGCCUUAUAGUUCGCGCACAAUUGAGGAGUUGCUGCUGCGCAUACGCAAAGCUGAACCAAUAACACUGCCACCAAACGCACAUAUAAGCAACGAAUGCCAUGACUUGUUACGUCGCCUGCUGGUCCAUGAGUCUGCUCAGCGCAUAUCGUUUGACGACUUUUUUGGACAUCCGUUUUUAGAUCUCAAAACUUUUCCUUCUGAGCAGACCUUAAAGAAGGCCAUCGAUUUGGUCACACAGGCCGUGGAGUAUGACGAGAAGCAUAACUACAAGGAGGCUUAUUAUUUGUACUGCAGUGCACUUCAAUAUUUUGUACCACUUAUUACCGAAGAAACUGAUGCAAAGCGACGUCAGGCAUUGCGCAAUCGCUCUCUAAAUUAUAUGAAACGCGCUGAAGAAAUUAAAAAUUUCAUUAUCGAGGAUGAGUACAAACAGCUGGCAGAAAGGCAACUGAAGGCAGCCAAGGCAUCUGCAGCACAGCAAGCGGAGCGGCUCAAUUGCGCCGCAGCAAAUGAUGAGCAACAGCCAACCACAAGUUCGGCCCGAAUGGCAGAAAUGCUGGAGCCUGAUAUACGCUAUAAGCAGCUUUUUUCUCUUUCGCACUCAAGUCCGUCCUUAAAGACUGGUUUGGAAAUUGGUAGGAAAGGCGAGCUUUAUCUGUACGAGCGUAAGCUAGAUGCUGCUCUGGAAUCAUAUACAGCUGCAUUGGGUAUACUUGUGCCCUUUGUAAACAAUGAGCCUAAGGGCGAACGACGCAAUUUGUUGCUGCAACAAUUGGAGUUUUGGAUUAAGGAGGCGGAGAGUAUCAAAAGCAUUUUGAGCGCCAAACAUUUAGAUGAGGAAGAGCAAAAGCUGUCUACGGUACGCAGCUGCAGUAUACAGUAGAAAAUUAUUGACGCCUGGUGCGCAUUUGUUAGAGUAUUUUUGUAGAGUAGUUAUGUAGUAAAGCCUUUUAGAGUAUACCUGAGUAUGACUAAUGUAUUACAUUUCUAAACUGACAUUGUCUUCUAAACAUUAAAUACCAAAAUAUUAAUGCUUUAGUUAUUCUACAGACUUACAUUCCUUCUAUGUUGCCACGCCAUUUCAUACACAGCAUACCACACACGUAUUUACUCCUAAUAAUAUUAGUUAAUUUAUUUAAAGGUGUACAGGCUAAGUUUUCAAUAUAAAA